ACAGACAGACACACAGACAGACAGACACAGAACACCGGAGCCGCCACGAACUCGCCACCAACGUUUUUGCGCGCAGUUACGGGUGUGAAGAGCCGAACGUUAACGACUGUUCCCGGUUGUGUCAAACCUCCGAAACCUGCGCAAGCCUGAACAUCAUGAUGGGACGCACUUCUCUCAGAGACUAUUUCUUUUCCAGCUGACGUGGGAGCGAGCGCAGGCUGAACACACUGCUCGGGCAUUUCUCUCCGUGUGCCGGUGAGGGGGAGAAGACGAGAGACGCGCCGCGCGCUGACCCGCUGGGAUUUUACACCAUCCCUGUUAUUUUCUUAUUUAAUCCAUCAAGACUCCUCUGUGGACACGGAGAGCGAUGAAUCUACUGAAUUACCCGCCGGCUCUGUGUCAUUUCACCAACGAACCAGCGACCACCACCCGUCCUUAGAAUAAAGCUGCUGUGGAACAAGUCGGCACCGUCACCGGCGUCUAACAGCUGGGAUUUACACUUUACUAUGUCUUGAGACGCGGAGUGGAAGCUACACAGAUGAUGGCAGACUACCGGGAGGAUGGCAUGGACUUGGGGAGCGAUGCAUCCAGUCGCUCCAGCUCAGAGUCCAACUCCAACAAGGUUACACCUUGCUCCCCCACUCUUGACCUGGCCACUUUGGAGGACUACAAAUCCUCCCCCUCUCUGGACCUGGUCACCUUAGAGGACUAUGAGGAGGACGAGGACUACCAAGAGUACAAGAAGAAGGUGAUUGAGGAGUGGGAGAGUGAGUAUGGAGAGGACUGCACCUCGCCACAACCUCCUAGUCAGGAGGAAGGUGACGGAGGCACAGAGGGUGUUGACGGCCUUGGGAAAGGCUACAGGAAGACAGUGAACAGUCGCAGCCUCGCUGAAGAAUUCCAGGAUGUGAAGACUGUCCCGCCUAUCCCGGCUCCUGGUGGACACACUGCCACCUCAGUCGCAGUUGUUCCAGAGGAACUGAAACAGAAUGGCAAUCUGAUUUUGCCUCGGAGCAACCCACUCCAUUCCCCGGGUACACCACAGGGGGGCACAGGGACUCCCAAGCCCAGCCACCACCGCUCCAGUCAAGGCAGAGGGAGCCGCAGCAGUGGCUGGGGUGGUGGUGGAGGAGGCGGAGGAGGAACAGGGGUACGGAUGGGAGGAUAUAGAGAAGAAGAAGGUAUGGAGGAAGAGCCUCUGCCUACCAUGGACUGGGCAGCCCUAGAGAGACACCUGGCCGGGCUGCAGUGCAGAGAGCAGGAGAAUCAGAACCUCAACCACAACCAGAACCACAACAUAGGCAAGACCCACUACACCUCAGCCCAGAAGAAUGAGAGGGAGUCUAUCAGGCAGAAGUUGGCCCUGGGCAGUUUCUUUGAUGAUGGGCCAGGCAUCUACACCAGCUGCAGCAAAAGCGGAAAACCCAGCCUGUCCUCACGGCUGCAGAGUGGGAUGAACCUACAGAUUUGUUUUGUCAACGACAGCGGCAGCGAUAAGGACAGCGAUGCAGAUGACAGCAAGACAGAGACCAGUCUGGACACACCUCUGUCUCCCAUGUCCAAGCAGAGCUCGUCCUACUCGGACAGGGACACCACAGAGGAUGACUCGGAGUCUCUGGAGGACAUGGACUUCCUGAGUCGACAGAAGAAGCUGCAGGCGGAGGCGAAGCUGGCCCUGGCGAUGGCCAAGCCCAUGGCCAAGAUGCAGGUGGAAGUGGAAAAGCAGAAUCGUAAAAAGUCACCUGUGGCCGACCUGGUGAGUAUCAGAAAUCAGUCACAUCCAAAAACAAUUUAGAAGAAAUGAUGUGAAACUGUUUCGUCUUUGUCGUGUUCUAUGAUUUUAUUUCAACUGCUGAGAUAAGCAGACACAUAUAACACAAAACUGACACCAAGACAUGCACUCCUAUUUAAAAUGUACACGAGUUAAAGGUUUUUUGAUUUUUGAAUUAUUAUUAGAUUCAGCCAUUUAUCAGGAAAAUUCUGGAAUCGAUGUGUAACGCACCUAAUGUUUCUCACAUUAAUUAAAGGGCAACAAAAGUCGGUCACACCAACAAAAAAACUGCAAAACAAAGUGACUGUGGAUCAAUUACCUACCAAUGAAGUGAGGUAAAUAAAUA